AUGAGCACAAAUCCACCUCCUAACGGGUCUAUCUCUAGUGGCCCUCAACAAAAUACUACUAUUCCUGAAAGGAGUGUUCAAGGACAACCUCUCUAUCAAUCUUAUCAAGGACCUAGUCAACCUCCUCAGUAUCAAAGUUACGGACAAUCACAAUAUUCAGGAGCACCUCCAAUGUUCCAAAGCCAUGGAAAUUAUCCGUCAUAUCAAUCACAACCAUCUGUGGGAAUUCAACAAAGAGUAGCAUCACAACAAAAUGUUUAUGAUAUUUCUUAUAUUCAAUCAAAUAUUGAACAGUAUUUACAAUUUUAUUAUACAGACGAUGAGAUUGUAAGAGAAUUAGAAAAAAAAGCAGUUCAACGUGAUACAACACUAUAUAUUCUUACUAAACUUAAAGAACAAAAUCCUGGUUAUUUUAAAGCCUAUGAAUUUAGAUUGGCUUUAAAAAGUCAAAUCUCUCGUUAUAAUGAAAUUAUACAACUAUAUCUUGCUACCUCAGCACAACAAGAACAAAUCCCAAUUCAACCACAACAACCUAUAACUCAACAAUACCCAAAAGAUGUGUACUCUGACUACAAUGGCGGAAGUUACAUUUCUGGUCCUUAUGGAGGUGAUCAAUCAGUUGGUAUGUAA